AUGACAGCUAAGCCCCCUCUCGUGGGCACAUCCGAGCAGGAUGUCCUCGAUCCCAUCGCGAUAGUCGGACUGGCCCUUCAGUUUCCAGGAGGGGCCACGGACCUGGAUAGCUUCUGGGACAUGCUCAUCCAGGGCCGAUGUGUAUCGCAAAGCCCUCCUCCUGAGCGCAUCAAUCCGCAGAGUAUUCCUGUACGACAGGCGCACUUUCUAGCAGACGACGUCACGGCGUUUGAUGCGCCGUUCUUCUCAGUGUCCGCGACAGAAGCAGCCUCAAUGGAUCCACAGCAGCGCAUACUUCUGGAAACAACUUAUAGAGCUUUGGAAAACGCUGGAAUCUCGAUCGCAAGGGUUCACGGGUCCAAUACCUCCGUCUACAUGGGCUGUUUCACCGACGACUUCAAGACAUUAUAUGAGAAAGACAUACGUGACCAGGCCGCAUACGCAGCGACGGGUAUAACAACGACUCUGAACGCCAACAGAAUUAGUUGGUUUUUCAAUUUGCUAGGGCCCAGUAUUAAUGUUGAUACGGCUUGUUCUAGCAGUCUGGUAGCGUUGGAUCACGCGUGCCAGAGCAUUUGGUCUGGAGCCAGUAAUAUGAGUCUCGUCGGCGGCGUGAAUCUGCUCCUCGCGCCCGACCUUUUCCACAUCCUUUCUGGCAUGAACAUGCUUUCUCCCGACGGUCGGUGCCGGAGCUUCGAUGCCCAGGGGAACGGAUACGGCCGCGGCGAAGGGGCGGGCGUUCUGGUCAUCAAGCGACUCCGAGACGCCAUACGCGAUGGGGAUACCGUCCGGGCCAUCAUUCGGUCCACGGCAUCCAAUCAAGACGGAUAUACAAACGGAAUUACGCGACCCAGCAGGAGUGCACAGGAGCGUCUUGUCAACCAGUGUUAUGAACGAGCUGGGCUGGAUAAGUCGCGCACAGCGUAUGUGGAGGCGCACGGUACAGGCACUCCCGUCGGCGAUCCAAUCGAAGCGACUGCAAUGGGAGCGGCGUUCUGUCGGGGGCGAGAUAGGGAAGAUGGGCCCCUUUACAUGUAA